UGCUUCCAUACUACAUACCAUGGUAAUGCUCUUGCACACUAAAAACUUCCAGUUGGUUGCCACAAACUGUUUUUGAAUAAGCAUUCUAUCUUUGGAGUCUUCACAUAUGAUCACCCAGAAACCCCUUGUCUAUGCGCCUGCAGGUUUCCACCUUAGCUCCAGUGGCCAGACCUCGCAUGACCAGUACUUCUACCUUCUUCCCCCGUAUGCACCCAGUUCUAACUAGGGUGGAAAUUUCACGCAGGAAACGCCAAUUUGGCGCUCAUCACCGUCGACUCAAUAAUAGAGGCUUGCCACCAGAGUUGCUCCUAUUAAUCUUCGAGCAUGUUUACGCAGAUAGCACGCUGAACGGAGAGUGGAUUGCGUGUAGCCCGCAGUCUCGCACGCAGUUCCCAUUUGCUCCCGCGGCCGUAUGCAAGGCCUGGAGAGAUGUUCUUGCGUCGGUGCCACGCUUCUGGACACGUAUAAUCAUCAAUCUUGAUACCACAAAGCUUUCAGAUAUCAACACAUACCUUCAUCUCUCCCGAAAGCUCACUUUCGAAAUCACCGUCACGCGAGAUCAACGAUUCCUUUCUAAUUCUCGCACAAAUAAUGAUGACGAGGGCGCCCAAGCAGCCACAGUGAUGGCGCUGAUUGUUCCCCAUCUACAUCGCUGCAGGGCUUUAUGUUUCCAGCUCCUUCGCAGCUCCUCUUUGCCUGCUCUCCGCCAUCUGAACGUCACUGCACCUCUCCUUGAACGGCUAAAGCUGCAAUGUGGGGUCGAUGAUGGCGAGCAUCCUCUCGUAGGCAGCUUAGUUCCUGAGCAGUGGCGCUUCUACGCUCCAGUGCUUCGGCACCUCUUUCUCAACGGGCGCAAUCUCCGCGACGCUUGCGCCCUUCGCUGGGUCGAGUCACUUCAAAACCUAGAGGACCUAUGUGUGUCGCGUUAUUCCGGUGGCAAAUACCCAACAGGAGAGUUACACCUGCACGACGUUUUGCUCAUCGUCGACAGACUUCAUCGCUUGUUUGGAAUACUUCAGAAGCUGACUCUUCAAGAUGUUUCAUUUGAUGGCAUUCUCACGCGAGAGGACGGCUACGACAUUCAGAUCGAAGCUGUGAGCCUGCAGUCCAUUGACCUCUCGACGGUCCGUACCAUCUUCAUGUCUAAGACCGGACCAGCUCCACGCCUUGUACACAUCAAGCACGAGCUCUCACCUUGUGCAUAUCACAUUCGCUUGACUCAGGCUGACACCCUCGUGCUGGAAGGUCCUUUCUCACACAUGGCGAAUGCUAUUAAUAUCUGGGACGGCAAUUGUCUUUCCAUCAAAAACUGUCCCACCUUCGACGAUCGUACCAUUCGUGACAUUCACCGUUUGUGGGAUCCAAACAAACUCACGUCUCCAAACUGGUCCCAACUAAAGAUAGACAAUUGCACAGAAUUCUCCGCCGAUGCGCUUCUGGCCUUGAUCGAUGCACGCAACGAUGCGGUGCAACGAGCGCGGGAUAGAGACAUCACAUCACAGGCCCCAUUCAACAACUUGCAGGUUUUGCAGGUAUAUGGCGGGCCUCCCAUCUCUCCAGAGGACGCAGACGCGUUCAAAGAGAGGUUGCUCACCUUCGAAUGGCAUGAAGCAGCCACAGGUAUAACACAUUAGCGGAGUAUAGGUAUGCGAGGUUUCACAUGUCACCGUUGACACACCCUGAGGGCGGGCGUGUUACUUUUUUACUGCAACUCAUCUAUCAGGAACUACACAUUGAUUUGUAGAAUGGGCUACUACUAUGUAGGGUACGUGGCAAAUACUACUCCGGCUCAAUUUUUACCAGGAGGGACGAUCAGUAGGAUAGAAUACAUAUGGGUUGAUCUCAAUGGCGGAUUAUCAUUCGCUCGAAUCCAACCGUACAAGAGGCUCUGGAUACUAAUAUAUUACUGUGUAGUAGCAGUCAUUCGAUGUUACAGUUGACGGACAGCUGAUAUAAUUUCCGUUGAACUCAUGUGUACUUACGUUGCGUGCAGCUAAAUUCC